AUGGUCUACUGGAAGGCUCUGUUGUACGCGGGGCUUGCCUCUGCCGCGGCCCUGUUUAAGAAAGACAAUGCCACGGCCGCCACCUUGGACCAAUGCCCGGGCUACAAAGCCUCCAAUGUUCGCGUCUCGGCGACUGGUGUCACGGCCGAUCUGACGUUGGCCGGCGCUGCCUGCAAUGUCUAUGGGACAGACCUCCCGCAUCUCACUCUGCAGGUUACGUACCAGACUGAGGACCGCAUCCAUGUUCUCAUCCAGGACCAGGGCAACCAGGUCUACCAGGUCCCAGAGUCCGUCUUUCCCCGCCCGGGAGGCUCAGUCUGGUCACAGACGAGCAAGCUGAAGUUCACCUACACGGCAAACCCCUUCUCCUUCAAGAUCUCCCGCGCCAAGACGGGCGAGGUCAUCUUUGACACCUCGGCGGCGUCCCUCGUCUUCGAGUCUCAGUACCUCCGCCUCCGGACCAGCUUGCCUGCGAACCCUAACCUGUACGGCCUGGGCGAGCAUUCUGAUUCCCUGCGUCUUCAGACGACCAACUACAUCCGCACGAUGUGGAACCAAGACAGCUAUGGCAUUCCCAGCAACGCCAAUCUCUACGGAACUCACCCGUUCUACCUGGAGCAGCGAGCCACCGGUGCUCAUGGUGUCUUCUUCCUAAACUCCAACGGCAUGGACAUUAUCAUCAACCAGGACGCGUCCGGCAAGCAGUAUCUCGAGUACAACACCAUUGGCGGUGUUUUUGACUUUUACUUUGUCGCUGGCCCUACGCCCAUCGCGGCUGUGCAGCAGUAUGGCGAGUUCGCUGGCUUCCCAACCAUGCAGCCAUACUGGGGUCUUGGCUUCCACCAGUGCAGAUACGGAUAUCAAGACGCCUUCGAUGUCGCCGAAGUUGUCCAAAAUUACAGCUUGGCUGGCAUCCCCCUGGAGACCAUGUGGACGGACAUUGAUUACAUGGACCGCCGCCGCGUCUUCACCCUCGACCCGGAUCGGUUCCCCCUUUCUAAGAUGCGGGAGCUCGUCGACCACCUGCACGCACACGACCAGCACUACGUCGUCAUGGUCGAUCCGGCCGUUGCCUAUCAGAACUACCCGCCUGCCAACCAGGGUCUCGAGGACAACGUCUUCCUGUUGCGGUCUAACGGCUCCGUGUGGAUCGGCGUGGUGUGGCCUGGUGUCACCGUCUUCCCAGACUGGUUCUCGGCUAACAUCACGCAGUAUUGGAACGGCCAAUUCCAGACCUUCUUCAACGCCGACACGGGCCUGGACAUUGACGCCCUGUGGAUCGACAUGAACGAGCCCAGCAACUUCCCGUGCAACUUCCCCUGCGACGACCCUUACACGGCCGCCAUCGGCUACCCUCCGGCCCCGCCACCGGUCCGUGCCCCGCCCCGUCCGCUACCCGGCUGGCCGUGCGACUUCCAGCCCGGCGGCUGCUCCGGCAAACGCGAGGCCCAACCUCUACUGGCCGUCCCAGGCAGUGACAGCCCGCCCGUGAGCAUCCGCAGCGGCAUCCCCAACAACAAGCCCAGCAGCAGCAAGGGGGACCAAAAGGGGCUUCCCGGCCGCGACCUGCUGUAUCCCAAGUACGCCAUCCACAACAAGGCCGCCUACAUGGACUCGUGGAACGCCGACAAGGGCGGCAUCUCCAACCACACGGUCAACACGGAUCUGAUCCACCAGAAUGGUCUCGCCAUGUACGACACGCACAACCUCUACGGCACCAUGAUGUCGUCGGCCUCCCGCGACGCCAUGGAAGCUCGCCGCCCCGGCCUCCGCCCCCUGGUCAUCACGCGCAGCACCUUUGCCGGCGCGGGCUCCAAGGUCGGCCACUGGCUGGGCGACAACAUGUCACAGUGGAGCUACUACACCGUGUCCAUCCGGACGAUGCUGGCCUUCACGUCCCUCUUCCAGUUCGGCUUCGUGGGCUCCGACGUGUGCGGCUUUGGCGGCAACACCAACGAGGAGCUGUGCGCGCGGUGGGCGUCGCUGGGCGCUUUCAGCACCUUCUACCGCAACCACAACGACUAUGGCAACAUUGGCCAGGAGUUCUACCGCUGGGCGUCCGUCGCCAGCUCCGCCAAGAAGGCCAUCGACAUCCGCUACCGCCUGCUCGACUACAUCUACACGGCGCUGUACCGCCAGUCCACCGACGGCACGCCCGCCGUCAGCCCCAUGUUCUUCCAGUACCCCGACGACCCGGCCACCUGGGCCCUCGAGCUGCAGUUCUUCUUCGGGCCGGGCCUCAUCGUCGCCCCCGUCACGCAGCAGGGAUCCACCAGCGUCAGCGUCUACCUGCCCAACGGCGUCUUCUACGACUGGUACACGCACGCCCGCAUCGACGGCGGCGCCACCAACCAUGCCAUCACGGGCGUCGACAUCACCUCCAUCCCGCUCUUCAUCCGCGGCGGUGUCAUCUUGCCCCUCCGCGUCAAGUCCGCCAACACCACCACAGAGCUGCGGAAGCAGAACUUUGAGCUCCUCAUCGCGCUCGACGCGUCCGGCUCCGCCUCGGGCGAGCUGUACCUCGACGACGGCGUGUCCAUCAACCAACGCGCCACGACUCACGUCACCUUCACCUACAAGAAUGGCUUCUUCAUCCUGGGCGGCUCCUUCAGCUUCAGAGUGCCCUUCAUCAUUUCCAAGGUGACCAUCCUAGGCGGCAAGCACUCUUCCACUGCCAAGACGAGCGCCGGAGGCAGCAACAGCGAGACGUUUGAUGUCCACGUGCCGUUUACCGGUCCUGCGUCUGUGAGGAUCGGUUAG